UAAUAGGCACACAACAAAACAAAUAUGUGCUCAGUUGAGUUUCAGCUUUGGAACAGGAUGAUCGUGUCUUUUUUGCUCUGCCUCACAGCUUUCACAUUGAUAUUGGCUUUGUAUGUGAGAAAACAUACAGAAUGGAAGAACCCGCCACCUGGACCAAGAAUACAUCCCGUUAUAGGAGCUCUGCCAACAAUGGUCAGUUUAGACCCAGUACCCCAUCUAGGAUUUCAUUCUUUAAGUAAAAUGUUUGGUCCUGUUGUCCGAGUACUCCUAGGUCUACAAAAUAUGGUUAUACUGGGAAGGUAUGAAGAAAUUAAAGAGGCAACUUUUCAUGAAGACCUUGAUAGCAGGGCUUAUUUUUCCACUGGAUCAUUGAUCAGAUUUGGCUUUAAUCCCACAUCAUCUAUUUCUUUCUUUGGAACUCCAUUGCAAGACAGUGGAAUUGAUCAAGUAACCCAGUGGAAAGAGCUAAGAAGAUUUACUUUGAAAACCCUUCGAGAUAUGGGAUUUGGCAAGUCAGCUUCAGCUGAAUCAAUGGUUUAUGAGACAACAAUUCUUAUGGACUUUAUCAAAAAGAGAAGAAAUGAAGAAACAGGAAUUGUAAAAAAUAUUGGACAAAUAUUUAGCUGUGCAUCUUUGAAUGUAAUCUGGAACCUAAUAGCAGCAGGAAGAUUUAAUUAUGAUGAUGAAAACAUGUUCAAACUUAUAGAACAUACAAAUGCAUUCAUGAGGUUGGGUCGAGAUGUUAUUGGAAAACCUUUUGGAAGUAUCCCAUUUCUUAGAUUCUUUCCUCCCUACAAAGCAAAAUUUGAUAGUUUGUUGGAAGGAAUAACACACUUCAAGGAAAGUUUACAAGAAACUGUAACAGAACGUAAGAUGAAAAUGGUUGCAGAGGAUCCUAGUUGCUACAUUGAUGCAUUUUUGGACAAAGUUCUGAAAGAUGAGACUGGAAUCUAUACAGAGGACCAACUGGUUCACAUAUGUAUGGAUAUGUUUCUGGCUGGAGCAGAAACUACCAGUAAAACACAGGAGUUCAUUAUUGCAAUGAUGCUGAACUAUCCUGAAGUUCAACAAAAAGUUCAAGAUGAGAUGGAUUCUGUAAUGAAAGACAAGCCUGCUAUAUCUUGGGAAGACAAGGAGAAGCUCCCUUACGCAGAAGCUACAAUGGCAGAGAUCUGGCGUGUUUGCAACAUUGCCCCUUUUGGUCCACCCAGAACAGCUAAAAAAGAGGUUCAGUUUAAGGACUACAAGCUGCCACCAAAUGCUUCAGUAUUCUACAACACAUAUACUCUACAUAUGGAUGAAGAUCAUUGGGGGGAUCCUCUACAGUUCAGGCCAGAGCGAUUUGUGGAAGGGGGCAAGUUUAAGGCAGAUGAGAUGCUUUUUCCAUUUGGUAUUGGGCGCAGAAGAUGCUUAGGAGAGACUAUGGCAAGAAUGGAAAACUUUAUUUUCUUUGCUAACCUCAUGCUCAACUUCAAAUUCUCCAUGGUAGGGAAUGCUCCCCCGAGCCUAGAACCACAAUCUGGGUUCACAAAUGGACCUUUUCCAUUUGAAGUUAAGGUAGAAAUUAGAAGCAGAUAGUACAGAGCUCAGAAAAAUGUUUGAUAAAAAAUUUAGAAAAAUAGAUUUAUGUUUAUAAUCUCGUGAAACAUGCUCAAAAUAUCUUUGUAUAGCACGUUAUUCGUA